CACGUGUUAGUUUGGCUCCUUCCGCGAGCUGGACUCACAAAGUGAACGAUGUCGUCGGUCGGAUCUGAAAGUGUGAGUCCUAAUUUUCACCACAAGCCACCUGAAAGGCCGGGGUUUGUGGAGCGAGUGCUUGCCAUUCCUCUACUCUGCUUCGUCGUCACCCUAUAUGGCAUCGUCAAGAGAAGGAGUCCUUUGCUCGACAGAUAUAUGAGUCGAGGGGAGCGAGUUUUCUUCAUCGCUAAGAAGCGCGUUUCAUAUUUGACUCAAGAAUUGCCGUUCACGUUGAGGUCGAAGAUAAUCGUGCCAAGGGUUGACACAAUAUAUGCUGCAGCUGCUGUGAGAGCAACACAGACGUGGUCCGCUGUAAUAGUGUCAUCCAGAAAGAUGCUACACCGUGGUAAGCGCCGUGUGAGAGGCUUUGUCCAGAGGAAGGUCGGUAUCCUGCUGUGCUCCCUGCCCGGUCAGGUGGUUAUGUGGUCCUUAGAUCGAGCUUGUGGCGUGAGUGAGGCAGUGCUGUUCUUGUUGAGACCAGACUUGAGGAAGAACAGACAAAUAGAGGCCAAGAGUGGACAGAAUGGAACUAGCACUGUCAUCAGCAAGGAACACAUUGAGAAACUUGAGAAAGGCAACAAGAAGGGUGUCAUGUUCAGAGUUCUUGUUAUCAUGACAAAACCAUUGGAACUUCUGGUCUAUUUAAUGAAAGGUGUCCAGACCUACCUCCAUGACUUAGCAGAUGCACCUGACCACUCCAAGAAGAAUGGCUGCCUGUCUCCAGAAAAGCAGACUGAAAUACAGUCUAGGAGAAAGGUGUCGCCACGUAAGAAGAUGAAAUCUGGAUUAAUAAGCAAGUUUCAGAGGACCAUUAACUACUUCGGCCUGGCAGAACUGAUGCCAGGACUAAGACGCAAGUUUCAUAUCGAUAUUAGCGGACACAGCAAAGGGCAGUUGGUGACCAGCCCCAACAAGGCAGAGGAUGAUGAGAAGAAGCGCAAAUAUGAAGACAUUCUGUCGGAGUCUGAAUCUGAUACCGAGACUGAAGAUCUCAACAACAUGGACCUUGAAAAAUAUGUCAGUGAUGAGGAUCCAGAUUUUAAGCCCAAUCAGAGUGGGAACAGCACAGACAGUGAGGAGUACCGGGAAGGGGAUACAGAGAGCGACAUUGAGUUCGAGACUACUAUCGGGGGCACCAUCCAGGUGAAAACCCGCACCAAGUCUCAGUCCCAGUCCAGUAAAAGCAAUGGCAAAGAUGAAGGCAAAGAAAACAAGCCCGAAACCGCUAAAGGCGUCGACUCCUCUCGUGCCAAAGAACAGACUAAAGCCUCUCCGCUUAAAGCUGCACAAGUUUCUGUCCGAUCUCCCCCGAAGUCCAACAGCAAGCCCACUGCUCUUAAGUGCAGUACGCCCAAACACCCCGCUGGGAAAGAAAACUCUGCACCUCAGAGUCCAAGCCUAACAUGUCAUCAGGACCUAAAAAGGCCACAGACGCUAAACCUGCACCCACUGAAGCUGGAGAUAAGAAGCCAGAUCCAAAAAAUAAUCAAGUGGCGAAUGGAGAUAAAAAAUCGGAAACCAAAACCACCACAAAUGGUAGUAAAAAGGGUACCAACGGGGACAAGAACUAAAAGAAGAAAGAUUAUGGCACUGAUGACCCAACAGCCUAUGAUUGAUGAGAACUGUAACUUCAGAAGUGAGAUUGAUCGAAAUCGAGUUCCAAAAUCUCGUUUUGCCAGCCUCCAAGAGAAGUAUGCAUGUGCCUGUUGUCCUGUGAGCUGAAGAGGAAGUGCUGUGUCUAAACCAACAGCUGUAUGGAGCAUUCAUCUGUACAUGAAAUCUUUCAUAUCAGUUUGACAUAAAGCAAACAAUUAUGUAAGA